AUGGAUUUUGCCGCACUCAUGAACCAGGCGAUUUCAAAAGCCAACCCGAACUCAUCCUCAGAGCCCGAGCCAUCCAAGAAAUACUUGAAGCGCGCCGAGUUGGAGGAAGAACGACGUCAAAAAUACCUUGCUGAACAACGAGCCUUGGAAGCAGAGAAAGAAGCGAAGCUGAAGCUGAAGCGCAAAAGAGAAGAAGAGGAGGCGGAGGCAAAGCAGGCACGAGAGGAGAAGCGUAGGAAACUCGCAGAGGAAUCUAGGCGACGGAGAGAAGAACAGGAGGCUGAAGAGGAGAGAGCAAGGAGGAAGAGGCUGGGUCUGCCGGAGUUGGUCGAGGAAGCCAGUGAGGAGGUUGAGAUUGAUGAUGUCAAAGAUGAGGAGCUUGUGAAGAACUUGAGGGAGAUGGGCCAGCCCAUCACCUUGUUUGGGGAGAGUCAUAAACAGAGGCUGCGGAGGUUUCGGAAGCUGGGAGUCGUUAUGACCACUGGACCUAUUCCGACAUCUUUGGAGCUGGUGGAGGAGAAAGAUAUGAAGGUCAACAUUGUGCCAAAAGGAGAAGCCGAGAGGAAGUUCUUGUUUAGGCAACUGGCUUCAUACUUCACCAUGAUUCUGAAAGAGUGGGAAACGGCGCUCGAGCAGGAAAAGCGAGAUACAUUUGCAAGCAAGGCGGCAUAUAAUGCUAUGGCACAGAGCAAGGAGAACAUGACGCCCUUAUUCCGCAAAUUCGAGAAAGGCGACGUUGACGAAGGUGUCCUCGAACCCAUCGUCGAGAUUGUCAAGGCAGCUCAAGAACGUCGUUAUGUGGAUGCAAAUGAUGGAUACCUGAGACUCAGUAUUGGCAAAGCAGCGUGGCCUAUUGGAGUCACUAUGGUUGGUAUCCACGAGCGAAGUGCCCGAGAGAAGUUGCAUGAGAGUGAUAAGGGACAUGUCAUGGGAGAUGAGGUUACUCGGAAGUUUUUGCAGAGUAUUAAGCGAUGCUUGAGCUUUGCUCAGGUCCGCUGGCCUCCGGAGGACAUUAGACAGCUUAUGGGUUGA